CAUACAGCAUACCAACGGAUGAUGAGGCUGUGGCGUUCAGCUGGUACGGGUUCAUCACGGAGAGUUCUUUUACACUAGCCACGUUCCUCAGAGAACUAGUAUACUCUCUUGGGUUUCAUGCACAAACAAAUUCGACAAUCCGCUCACGCUCAUAUCUGUGUGGGUGAACAAGUAGAGUAGACCACGUAUCGAGCAAGAAGGAGCGAGAGAGCUUCUUCCUCCUCUUCUAGUUGCCACCCACUCCCCGACCGCUCAAUGCCGGAAGCAGGGAGGCUAAGAAUGGCACGCGCUUUCUAAUAAUAAAGCGAGUGCCCCUCCAUAAUUAUACUCCCCUUUUCCCUUCGCCACCAGGACAAGACGGAUUGAUGAUGGAAGGAACCGAAUUCUUGGAUUGCAGAGACCCACAGGAAUCAUCCAUUCGGAGCUAAUCAUUCGACCCCGUCUUUCUUUUUGGUUUUCUCUCUGCGCGCGCAUAAUCUUGGCUCAUCCUUUCCGGCGACAUUGCGAUUCUCGCGCUCCGCUCGAGGCCCCGAAAGUUGCACCCUUUACAGAUAGAUGGCGGCGAGCGGCGGGGCGCAGCUGGAGCGGCGGAGCUCGGUGCGGCGGUCGCAGAGCAUGGUGCUGGAGGAGGAUCGGGGCCUGCCGGCCGACGAGGAGCUCAUGUUCAGGAGCCAGGGGUCCAACAACGAGCCGCCGGGCGGGUCGCUCAAGAUCGGCGCCGUGCUCGACAAGGACAGCGCCGCGCCCAAGUCGCGCCUCGCCAAGGAUGACCACGGCGGGGGACAUUCCGAGAUGGAGCUGAUGAAGGAGAAGUUCGCCAAGCUGCUACUCGGGGAGGACAUGUCGGGGUCCGGGAAAGGGGUGCCCUCCGCGCUCGCCCUCUCCAACGCCAUCACCAAUCUCGCAGCUUCUGUCUUCGGCGAGCAACGGAAGUUGGAGCCCAUGGCCCCGGACAGAAAGGCGAGGUGGAAGAAAGAAGUCGGCUGGCUUCUGUCCGUCGCCGAUCACAUCGUCGAGUUCGUCGCCAAGAAACAAGUCCUGGACAACGGCACCGAAAUGGAGGUGAUGGGGACGCAACAGAGAAGGGAUCUCCAGGCGAACAUACCAGCGCUGCGCAAAAUCGACACGAUGCUUCUGGAUUACCUCGACAACUUCAAGGACCGCAACGAGUUUUGGUACGUGAAGCGCGACUCGUGUCCAGAUAGUGACAAUGAAGGGUCGCAAAGGUCAGAUGAGAAGUGGUGGAUACCGAUCGUCAAGGUCCCUCCGAACGGGCUAUCCCCGUCCUCCAGAGGCUGGCUCCAGCACCAGAAGGAGCUGGUGAACCAGGUGCUCAAGGCGGCGAUGGCCAUCAACGCCAACUGCCUCAUGGAGAUGAACAUCCCGGAGACGUAUCUAGACACUCUCCCCAAGAACGGGAGGGCGAGCCUCGGGGACGCGCUGUACCGGAUCAUCACGGACGUGGAGUUCGACCCGGACGUGUUCCUGUCGACGGUGGACCUAACGUCGGAGCACAAGAUCCUGGACCUCAAGGACCGGAUCGAGGCGUCGGUGAUCAUCUGGAACAGGAAGGUGCACAACAAGGACGGCAAGUCGGCGUGGGGCUCCGCCGUCAGCCAGGAGAAGAGGGAGCAGUUCGAGGAGCGGGCGCAGACGCUUCUGCUCAUCAUCAAGCACAGGUUUCCCGGCAUCCCCCAGUCCACCCUAGACAUCGCCAAGAUACAAGAAAACAGGGACGUCGGGUUUUCACUCCUGGAGAGCUACUCCAGGGUCCUGGAGAGCGUGGCCUUCAACGUCAUGUCCCAGAUAGAGGACGUCAUCGACGCCGACAACCUCGCCAAGGAGAAGGCCAAGAAGAACGCGCCGCCAGCGGCAGAGGAGGCCGCGGAACGCCAUGAACCCCAGGAGGCAGGCGAGGAGGAGGAUCAAAGCAUGACACUGCUGGACUUCAUGGGCUGGACCGGCGACGCCGAGGCGAAGAACGACGACAGGUCGCCCCCGCCGCCCCCCGAGCCGCCGGCGCAGGACGACGGAAGGCUGAUGAAACUGCCCAACAUCAUGACGAACUUGAAGCAGACGUACAUGGAGAAGCUGGACUUCCUCGGUGGGCAUAGAAGCCCGACAGGUCGCCAUUAGAGACGGCACGGGGCAUAGAAGCCCGACAGGUCGCCAUUAGAGACGACGGCGCGGCACGAGAUUUUGAAUGUAUCGUGUGCAGUAGUGUACAUAUAUAUGUUGGAUCAAACUAGGCUCUCGCUUGGGUAGCCCGUCGUGUUGACUAUUUGACUUCCUGAUUUUGCAGACUGGCGA